AAUAAACUAUGACAGACAGAUAUUUGACUAUUUUUAACCACCACUCUACAACUGGGUAAGACUAAAUAUUUUUUGACAUUUUCAAACUUUCUGUUCAUCCUUCAUUUUUUUCUCUCUCUUUUUUUUAAAAUCAAACUUGAGGAAACAGUCUUUUCCCCCUCGUGAAUGCGCCGUUUGAAUUCACUUUAUUUGAUGCCAUAAUCUGCUCUUUAUUUUAUUUAAUGACUUGAUCCUUUUCUUCUUCGCCUGUCUCUGUAGCUCAGCCUCUUUAACCAUCACAGUUAAUGUCUAAAAAAGCAGUUAACUGCAUUUAAGAAUAUUGGAAACAGAGAGAGGGUUGAAACCAGAAUAAUAAAAUCUCGAACGGAAACCACAGACUCGGUCAGCUUAAUUUUUGUGAUUUAUGUGGCGUAGGCCGAGGCUAGAUGUUCUUUUGUUAUUUUUCCUCUCUCACAGAAAACCGGGAGGGUGUUUUAGUUACUUCUCACUUCUUUAUUUACAGUCCCCCCCUAUAGUAAUGUGUCUAAUCUCAUGCAUACAAUUGAUAGCAUGCCUCUACCAUGAAUCUUUUUGGAGAAAUGCGGCUAGAUAACUCUCUGCGAGAUGAUGCGUCAGACUCCACUGGACUAAUCCCAGUGGAAAAAAUAAUGCCAGUGAAAUUGAAAUAAUGUCCACAUGGUGAUUGAUGAGUAACCCAUUCAUGCAUUUAUCUUGAGAAAUGAUUCGACACUCUCAGUUUGGGGAGGUGGGAUGUCCUCUUUUAUCCACCAAUCUCCUUCCAUUUUCCUCCAUUGCACGGUUUUUAUUGCUUCUCAGCGAGUCUUCAAAGAGCCCGUAGCCUGUAAUUAGGGGGCGGGCUCCCCGUGCCUCAAAACACUUCCCCGCGUUAGUGCCCAACUUCUUCCAAACUGUCCCGGGACUCAGAGCUGCGCUUCUCCCGCUCCCCUCAGCUUCCUUAGGAUUUUGUUUCUCAGGGAUGGCCGCAUCUAUUCUGGAGGUAGGGAAUGUAAUUGAAGACGCACGCUAUGGCUCCAGUCCUCUGGCUAUGUUAACUGCUACCUGUAACAAGUUUGGAAGCACCAGCCCAGUCAGGGAUUCAGCUACACCCGGUAAGACCGGCAGCACCACUCCAGUAAAGAAGCCCUACAACAUGACCUCUGACCUUCAGACAGCUAAAAACGGACGGACCGCAGACGGCAGUGGCCUGGCGGACUCCUACACUGGCUCCUUCACCACAGCUGGAGGAGGAGGAGGUGGCGGGCUGCUCACCCCCACUGGAAGCCCCCCUCCUUCAGCCGGAGGCUACACUACAGAAUAUAACCCUUUCUCCCACUCCUUCCAGACCUCUGUCUCCCAGGACCCGUCUCUUUUAGUGUCCAAGGCCCACGCUACGGCAGACUGCCUCACCAGUGUCUAUACCUCGCUGGAUAUGACGCACCCUUACGGCUCCUGGUAUAAAGCCGGUAUCCAUCCUGGCAUUACUGCUGCCCCAGCUAAUGCCACAUCCUCCUGGUGGGAUGUCCACCCCAACUCCAACUGGCUGUCAGCAACCCAGCCCCAGGCAGAUGGAGGUCUCCAGGCCUCCCUGCAGCCUGUGGCGCCACAGGCUUCCCUUAGCCCACAGCUGCCCAGUUACAGCACCGAUUUUACGCCUCUAAACCCAGCUCCUUACCCCUCUGUGGGACUGGGCUCCUCCUCUCACCUCCUCCAGCCCUCUCAGCACAUGCUGCCCCAGGACAUGUACAAGCCCAAGCCUGUGCCAAGUGCAGGGCUGAUUGAGAGUCCCAUGGGCCUAAAGCCUGCAAGGGGAUCAGGGGGCUACAGCGGAGGGGGAGCACCCACCAGGUCUUCAUGUGACUGCCCCAACUGCCAGGAGCUGGAGAGGCUGGGGGCCUCAGCCGCAUCCCUGAGGAAGAAGCCAGUCCACAGCUGCCACAUCCCAGGCUGUGGGAAGGUCUACGGCAAGGCCUCCCACCUCAAAGCCCACCUGCGCUGGCACACUGGCGAGAGGCCCUUUGUGUGCAACUGGCUGUUCUGCGGGAAGCGUUUCACCCGCUCGGACGAACUGGAGAGGCACGUGCGCACCCACACACGGGAGAAGAAGUUCACCUGUCUACUGUGCAACAAGCGUUUCACGCGCAGCGACCACCUCUCAAAGCACCAGAAGACCCACGCAGAUUCUGCAUUGCAGGGAAAAGCUGUAGCUGUGGAGGGAGACACAGAUCCCCGGAGUGAAGAGACUGCAGAGCUCAACACCAGCGCUGUGCCCACCAACGCUGUCGCUGACCCAAUCACCAACGGAGAUGAGAAGACUGGCACACCUAAUGGAGUGGAGAACAGCAGCGGACUGUUGGAGAUCUGACUUCACUCAGUGUUGUAUCCAGUGAUAUUUUGAAACAUGGUGGGUUAGUUUUUUAUGGUGAAAAAUUGACCUUUUAAAUAAAAAAAAGGGCAGUAUUUUGUUUCAAGACAUACAAAGGAGAUCAGAUCAUGUUUGAAAAGACUUGAUAUAAUAAAUGACUAAGCAUGUUGCAGGUAGCAAUCACUUCAUUUCCUCUGGACCACACACACACACACACACACACACACACACACACAAAUAUAAGAGAGCCUGCAAACAUACAUCAAUGCACAAAUGUUUGCGGGCACACAAACUCAACACACGCACAAUAUUAAGCCACCAUGCCAGCGUGUAUAUGCACACAAAUAUAACAUGCGUACAUGCACAGAAAGAAGUAUGAAGAAAUGUGUAAGCCUAUAUAAUGCAAACAUGCAUGCAAGCACAAACACAAAAGUAUGUCUGCACACACACGUAUAAGUAAACACGCUCAUGCACACAUUUUGUAACCUACACACAUUUUCUGCCUUUCAAAUGAGACAAACCACUGGGGAAAUUUAAUCUGCAAAAGCAGAAGGAAAAGAGCUCUGAAGCCGCAAAAGGAAAGUAGUUUUAGAACGAGACUUAUGGUUAGGAUGAUGGAGUUGAUGGAGCAUUGCAUGCCAGGAGAAAAAUCUGAUUUACAGCUGUACUUUGAUACUUAUUCAUUAUUCUUGAAACAAUCAAUGGACAGUCUUACUUACUGUUUCUUGUUGCCAAAGACAUUUUGAUGUAAAAGGUUUUGCAUUUCACUUUUGUUUGCUGUUUGCUUCUUACUAUGUCUAAUUUAAUUUCAUAUUUACAUAAAUAAUCUAAUUUAUGUCUUAAAUUAUACACAUGGAAGAUUAUCUUGCACCUUGCAGGAAAUAUAAUGCCUGAAAAAAAAAAAAAGCGAGAUAGUUGAAGCUGGCCAAAAAGAAAAUAAAAUGCAUUAAAUUAAGACUUAUUUUUCCUAUUUAUUAGUUAUAACAUGGAGUUUGGGACUAUGUUUUAAAGAUUUAUUUAUAGAUCUUGAGGUUAGAUGUGUGUACUAUUUCUAUAUAAUCUUUGAAUUGUGAAGUCUUCCACACCUAGCAAAGUAAUGAUUAAUAAGGGCUUC